AUGUAUUUUGCAUUUCCGGGGAGAGAACUGUAUGUAAACAAUACAGUUCUCUUCCCUGUCAACUCCUGCACACUGCUUUGCAUGACUCUGCAGUGUACUUACAAUUGAAAGCACACACACAGCACACAGUAAAGCACACACACAGCACACAGUAAAACAGCACACAGCACAUAGUUAACCCUUUGAUCGCAACACAUGUUAACACCUUCCUGCCCAAUGCCAUUAGUACAGUGUCAGUUCUUUUUAUUAGUACUGAUCACUGUAUUGGUGUCACUGGGGAUGUCAGUGACACCAAGUCAGUUCCCCCCAGUGUCAGAAUGCCCGCCGCAGUCCCGCUAU